GGCAGGAUGGUGGCCGUAGCCCGGCAGCCCUCGGCGGGCCGCGGGGCGGGUCCGUAGCUGGUGCGGGGUGGUGCCCUUUGCCGCGAUCGGGAGCCGGAGGCGCCGGGCGCCGGGCGCCGCGCCAAGCGCCCGCGCGCCCCUCUUCCUCUCGCUCUCCAUGGACGGGGGAGCGGGGGGCGGCCCCGGGGUGCCCGGCUCGGAGAGCCCCAACCGGGCCGUGGAGUACCUGCUGGAGCUCAACAACAUCAUUGAGAACCAGCAGAAGCUGCUGGAGACGCAGCGGCGCCGGAUCGAGGAGCUGGAGGGGCAGCUGGAGCAGCUGAGCCAGGAGAACCGGGACCUGCGCGACGGCGAGAGAGAUCGAGAGCGGCACCGGGACCGCGACGGGCAGUACCACCACAAGGAGAGAGAGAGCCACUACCAGAACCGCGCCGACCGGGACGGGCAGUAUCAGAACCGGGAGAACCGAACGGACCGUGAUGUUCAGUACCCGAACCGUGCAGACCGCGAGAGCCAGUACCAAAGCAGAGCGGACCGGGAAGGGCAGAACCCGUAUCCGAACCGGGACAAGGAGCGAGAGCUACAGCACUAUGGAAACCGGGACGGGCAGUACCAGAACCGGGAGAGCCACUACAGGGAACCUUGCCAGCUGCAUCGAGAGCGGCCCCCGCAGUGCCACCCCGCUCGGGAGAAGGAGCACGAGUACCCUCGGCCCCCCCGGGAAAGGGAGAGGGGGCAGCUGAGCCGGGGAGCGUCCCGGAGUUCCAGCCCGGGAGCCGGAGGGGGCCACAGCACCAGCGCCAGCACCAGCCCAGCCACGACUCUGCAGAGAAAGUCGGAUGGGGAAAAUUCAAGAAGUGUCAGCGUGGAAGGAGACCCGUCUGGAAGUGAGGCAGGCACUAUUAUAGUGGACAGCCUGGGCAGUCAACCUCCCUAUCGUUGUGCCCCUGAGGUGACCAAGAUUGAGCACUACAAUUUGGCACCCUCUUCAUCGUCCUCCUCUGUCUGUCACACUCCAUCACCAGGCAUACCGUGGGCUCAGCGGGCUCGGCUGCAGCCAGCCAGUGUGGCGCUGAGAAAGCAGGAAGAGGAAGAGAGCAAGCGUUCCAAGGCACUGUCAGACAGCUAUGAGCUCUCGACAGACCUCCAGGACAAAAAGGUGGAGAUGCUGGAGCGGAAGUAUGGGGGCUAUUUCCUGAGCCGACGAGCAGCUCGCACCAUCCAAACAGCCUUUCGCCAGUAUCGCAUGAACAAGAAGUUUGAGCGUCUGCGAAGCUCGGCAUCUGAGAGCCGCAUGUCACGGCGCAUUAUCCUCUCCAACAUGCGAAUGCAGUACUCCUUUGAGGAGUAUGACAAGGCCCAGAAUGCCCCUUACUUUGAAGGCAAGCCAGCCUCACUGGAUGAGGGGACCAUGGUCGGUGCUCGACCUCAUCUGCUGGACCAUGGCCUACCCUAUGGUGGCUCCUGUCGGGCUGGCUUGGAUGGCAGCUCCCUGCAUUCCUCUUCUGGAGGCUUUUGCAAUGACAUCACUGAGCUAGAGGACUCCUUCUCCAAGCAGGUGAAGUCUUUGGCAGAGUCGAUUGAUGAAGCCUUGAACUGCCACCCACUGGGACAGGAGGGAGGGGCUGGCGGACCUUCCUUGGAAAAGAGCGAGUCCAAGGAGCAGCAGGGUGACAGUGCGGCCACUUCCUUCAGUGAUGUAACGCUGUACCUGGAUGAAGGAGCUCCCACCUCACCCAUCUCUCUGGAGCGCCCACCCAGCACUGAGCCACCUGAGCCCACCACAGUGCCAAUCCCACCACCCCCACGGCCAGAGUACUGGGGUGGGCCGCAGCGAGAGGACAGCCGCGAGAACGGUGGCAGCCGGCGCAGCACGCCUUGUAUGGAAUGCAGGGACUACCGACUGCGCGGGGCCCACCUCCCGUUGCUCACCAUCGAGCCUCCCAGCGACAGCUCAGUGGAUCUAAGCGACCGCUCCGAUCGAGGUUCUCUCAAUAGGGGCCUCAUAUUUGAGCAAGACGGUUGCAGUCCCCACGGCACCCUCAAGCACCCUGGCGGACCCACCCGUUCCCCACACCCACACCGGCAUUAUCACCCUGAACAAAACCAGCCACCCCCACCUCUGCCUAUACCGCCCCCUCAAGUCCCUGGGCGCCUGCCCCCACCUCCACCGCCGGACAACUCUGAUGGGGACAACGACAGCCUCAACAGCACCACCAACUCCAACGAGACCAUCAACUGCAGCUCAGGCUCCUCCUCCCGCGACAGCCUGCGCGACCCUCCCCCGCCUGCCCCAGCCGCCUCCUCGGCUCCCGGGGGCCCCUGCAAACAGACCUACCAGCGGGAGACACGGCACAGCUGGGACUCUCCGGCCUUCAACAACGAUGUUGUGCAGCGUCGCCAAUACCGCAUCGGCCUCAAUCUCUUCAACAAGAAACCAGAGAAGGGAAUCCAGUAUUUGAUUGAGAGAGGCUUCCUGUCAGACACACCGGUUGGCGUGGCACGCUUUAUCCUGGAGCGGAAAGGGCUGAGCCGGCAGAUGAUUGGUGAAUUUCUUGGUAACCGGCAAAAGCAGUUCAACCGGGACGUACUGGAUUGCGUGGUAGACGAGAUGGACUUCUCCAACAUGGACUUGGAUGAUGCUUUGCGAAAGUUCCAGUCUCACAUUCGGGUGCAAGGCGAGGCACAGAAAGUGGAGCGCCUCGUUGAGGCCUUCAGCCAGCGCUACUGUGUGUGCAAUGCCCCCUUGGUGCGCCAGUUCCGGAAUCCAGACACUAUCUUCAUCUUGGCUUUUGCCAUCAUCCUUCUUAAUACCGACAUGUACAGCCCCAGUGUCAAGGCGGAGAGGAAGAUGAAGCUGGAUGACUUCAUCAAAAAUUUGCGAGGGGUAGAUAACGGCGAGGACAUUCCCCGUGACCUACUUGUAGGGAUUUACCAGAGAAUUCAGAGUCGGGAGCUGCGCACCAAUGAUGACCACGUAUCUCAGGUCCAAGCAGUGGAGCGAAUGAUUGUGGGCAAAAAGCCGGUUCUCUCUUUGCCCCACAGGCGCCUGGUUUGCUGCUGCCAGCUGUAUGAGGUCCCUGACCCCAACCGGCCACAGAGGCUUGGGCUACACCAGAGGGAGGUCUUCCUCUUCAAUGAUUUGUUAGUGGUGACAAAGAUAUUCCAGAAGAAGAAGAUCCUUGUGACAUACAGUUUCCGCCAGAGCUUCCCUCUUGUUGAGAUGCAGUUGCAGCUCUUUCAGAAUUCAUAUUACCAGUUCGGGAUUAAACUGCUCUCAGCUGUUCCCGGUGGGGAGAGGAAAGUCCUGAUCAUCUUCAAUGCCCCCAGCCUGCAGGAUCGGUUGCGCUUCACCAGUGACCUGCGGGAAUCCAUUGCUGAAGUGCAAGAGAUGGAGAAGUACCGUGUGGAAUCGGAGCUAGAGAAGCAAAAAGGAGUGAUGCGCCCCAAUGCCUCCCCCUCAUCUGGGCCCAAGGAUGCAGUGAAUGGGACCCUGACUCGCAGUAGCCUGGAGGAUGCCUACACUGUGGGAGAAGGGCUGAAGCGCAGUGCCCUCAGCAGCUCCCUUCGUGACCUCUCUGAUGCUGGCAAGCGGGGCCGCCGUAACAGCGUGGGAUCCUUGGACAGCACAAUUGAAGGGUCUAUUAUUAGCAGCCCACGCCCCCACCAGAGAGUACCACCGCCUCCCCCUCCUGAGGAGUACAAACCCCAGCCUCGGCCCCCCUCAAACUCGUCGUCCUUCCUGGGCUCCCUUUUUGGCAGCAAGCGUGGGAAGGGCCCCUUUCAGAUGCCCCCUGGCCAGGCCUCAGCCUCCUCCUCCUCAGCCUCUUCCUCUCACCACCACCCUCAUCACAGCCACCCGUCCCUCCUGGAUGGCAGCCAGUCCAAGCUGCAGGCCCUCCAUGCCCAGUACUGCCACGGCCCCUCUGCCCAGCCCCCUCCUCCCUACCCUCAGCAGCCCCCUCCUCCCCAGCAGCCAGCCCCACCCCCACCCCCUCUAGCCCUGCCCUCCAAUCCCCUGCCUCCCCAGGUCCAGCGCUACCACCACUCCCAGCAGCCCCCGCUUUCCGCCCCACCACAGAAGCAGGCGGUCCCGGCUUUCCCCACCCCACAGCCUCACCACCACUACACCCUCGGCCGGCCUGUCCAGCAGAAACGUGCCCACCAGAUGGCUGCUGCUGCUGCUGCCUCCCAGCACCCCCCUUUCCUCCAUGGGCGCCAGCCCACCUCGCCGCUGCCCCUUUACAGCCCUGCCCCCCAGCAUGCCCUGGCGCACACUUACCCUCAGCAGCUGCAUCAGUCUGGGGUCAGUGGGCAGCAGCACACCCUGCAUAGGCCCCAGGCCCCAAAGCACUUUAUCUUCAGCCACCACCCUGCCCAGCUCAUGCAGCGGCCGCCUCCGCCUCCCGGCAUGGGGCCCUACCCUGGACACCAUGGCCACCCUGUGCAUCCUGCUCAGCAGCACCAUGGCCAGCCUCCGAUGCCCCCUCCCCAUUCCCCCAUCCCCCCGCACCCUUCCUACCCACCCCUCCCACCUCCCUCCCCUCACACGCCCCUCAGUCCCCACUCUCCAGCUGCCCCCACCUCCCCACUGCCCCAGCACAUCACCAUGCACCAGGGGGGCCCUCAAGCCAUGCCCUCCCAAGGGCCUCCCAACCCAAAACAGAAGCCAGUGAACAGAAUCAGCACCGUCGUGUGAGGAACACCGACACCACGGAGUUGAUAGGUUAUAAAUAUAUAAAUAUCAGAGCUCGGGGCUUCUCCCAUCAUAGCUGUGAGGUGGUCAGGAGGGGUGGGGCCCAGUGGGUGUCUAGACCUUUUUGGCCAGUCCCCUUCUUCCUCCCCACUCCAUACCCCAUCCCUCUUUUUCCUAGGAUCAGAACUGAGAGAGGGCAUCCUUCCAACCAAUGCCUCGGAAAGGAAGAAAUCGGGAUCUGCAACCCCAUUCGUGGCCUGAGGGUGGCGCUACUUAGCGCUUGGGCUUUUCUGUUUCCUUCGUGUCAGAAAAUGGGGUGUUUGAGGACUAUGCGGCAACUUUUCAGAGACGUGCUGAAAACAUGAGGUGCAAGAGAGGGGGAAUCUCUUCCGCAUUUGUGCAGCCAUUGUGGUCUGUUGUCCCACAGAGUGUUUCCCCUUGGACUCUCCCCUAAAUGUGCUGCAGAUGGAGAUGGUAUGGUGUAUGUAUACCUCAUUCAUGCAAACAGCAUACGAAGCAGUAAAACUGUUUCCAGGUGGUCUAAAAAACCAGAUGCCAGGGAAGAUUCCCACCUCUCUUCCCUGAUAUGCUAGCUGGGGGAGGGGGGCAUUUGGCAGUGCAGUUUCCCCCUGCAGUUCAAAGUGGAACAGUCCAGGAACAGUUUAAUUGCACCAUCUGCUGUUUUUGUGCAAAGCAAGUCAGACAUGCUAGUGCCAGGGACAACUUGUGCACUUUGAAGGCAUAAGAAUAAGCUGUAGAGUGGAACUUGAAUGGCUGAUACUUCUUUUUUGCUCCUGGUGUUUGACUCUGCACCAGCAUUUGCCCACCUACACUAUGUCUCUGUGAAAUGUUAGCCAAGUAGCAGGCAGUCCCCCAUGGCUGCCUUCUGUGUGUCUUGUUUACAUAGCAGGUGCCAUUUAUCAGACCUGCCCAAAGAGCAUUAUUUCAGCUCAGAAGGAUGACCGAAGGAGAGCCUCUUGCUCCCCACUCCCCGUCUAACUUAAAAUAUCUGACUGCUCCAGUUUUUAAUAGCUGUGAAUGAAUGGUAGCAAAUGGCCAUGGCGAAUAUUGAAAACAGAGCAGCAAAUUAAAGGUGGGUAUGUUCCAGAGCAGGGUUUCCCAAACUUGGGUCUCCAGCUGUUGUUGGACUACAACUUCCAUCAUUCCUAGCUAGCAGGCCCAGAGGUUAGGGAUGAUGGGAGUUGUAGUCCAACAAUGGCUGGCGACCCAAGUUUGGGAAACCCUGUUCUAGACCCACAGUUCUGUUUGCAGCUAAUUCCCCACUUGGGGUUUGUUGCCACAAAAGGCUAAGCAAGCUUUGCUACUGUAUUGAACUCUUGAUUGAUCGUCUAAAGGAACUGGCUGAGGCCCAGUUCACACAACCUAGGAACCGCUUCUCUGCCACUUCUUUCAGGCUGCCCUGAUAAGCAUUGUGAUGAUGAGUCUGCUGGAGAAGCUGCUACUGCCGUACUCCCAGCCACUGUUAAGUGGGCCAUAGACACGCAUCCAGGCCAAUGGCUCUUCUGCCACAACAGCAGCAGUUCUUAAAGCUGUCUCUAGCAUGACUUAUUUUUUAAAAAGCAACGCUCAGUCCAUCUAAAGCACUAUUUCCAUUCGUUUCUCAGGGCUCAGCCCUGAACAUCCCCAGUCAAUUGAAGAUGGGAAUGUAGUAACUCUCAGCUAUACAAAGAGGGGCAAAAAUAGUUACCAGGUCUCUCUUUUUUAAAGCCAUGUGGGCUCCUGGGCUUGACGUAAGCAUGUAGUGGUUGCAUGGAAGAGAAGCCUUGCUCUGUGCCAGCAGAGUCUGGCACUUUUUAUCUUUUUUUUUGCAGGUGGGAGCAAUGCCUCCCUUAUCCAGGUGCUCCUGUUUGUGUCCACCUUGCCUACCAAGUGGCAGGGGUGGGGAGCGGAGAGAAGAGAAGAGUCAGCAAGGAAGGGCAGCUGCAGGCAGAUCCCUUGCUUCACAGUGAAAGGCACUGCAAACGCCUUGUGGGCCAGUGUGCCCUGGCACAGGGCCUGCACAGAUUGCUUCUCUCCUUUCCUCCUCCCCAAGCCUUUUAAUGUUUUGCUGCCUGGAUGCUUCCAGCAUGCUUUCUCCCCACCCCUGCUUGGUGGCAUCUGUGGUGGUCACCAGGGGUUUUAUCUUUCUGAGGGAUAGUUUUUCAGUUUUAUAAAGUAGCUUUUUCCACUUCUCUGCCUGUUGGCUUGUUCUGUAGGAGGGAAUGGAGACGGGGGCUUUGGUGCUCCUGGGCAUUUUGCAGAAAGGAGGCUCUCCUUUUUAGUUUGCACCGAGUUUAUGAGUUUCUGCUGUUUACAAGGAAGGAAGGAAGGAAGGAAGGAAGGAAGGAAGGAAGGAAGGAAGGAAGGAAGGAAGGAAGGAAGGAAGGAAGGAAGGAAGGAAGGAAGGAAGGAAGGUAAUAUGUAGAGCAGGGCAGAUCAUCAGUAUUUUGGGGAAACUUGGGAAGGAAUCUGUCUUGCCCUCUCAGUUCUUAUUCACAAAGGGCUAUUCUUACUCCCUUCCCACCCCUAUCAUGGGGUUUGCACUGAAAACAUUUUAAAAGGGUGGGGGGGUGUUAUAUAUUCUCUGGAUAAAUUCCCUCACUGAACUGCAUAGAGAGGAAUAUAGGGUGUAAUUGUCUCCUCCCACCCAGUUUGUUCUUUUAUCCUAGGGUGUUUCUCUGCCUGCCAAGAGGGGAGAGAAACUACCACUGCCACACACACUGGUUCCUCGGGAGCUUAGAUGCACUUUAACCCCCUACUUCCUCAUUCCUUUGCUUCUAGAAACAGAUGGGAUCCCGUUUUUCCUGUCCCAAACCAAGCUAAUGGAGCCCAUCCAGGCCUAACCUUUCCUCUCACUCUCCCUUUCCUAAAGACAUUCCCUUGAGCCACCACCCUCCCCAGUCUAGUCCGACUCCUAGGUGUGGGUGUUUUGACUCUGGGCAAAGGGAUAUGGAGGUAGGCUCAAGGGUGCCAGAGGAUGAUUUCAAAACAUGAGAGUUACAGUGCCUCGUCUGUAUAUUUUUAAGGAGAUGCUAUGAAUGUUGGUGGAAGAAAUUAUUUUACAUUUUAAAGUAGUGCUUCUGAUAGUGGAAGCACACUAUUUUUCUAAGUAGAAAAGUGGAGGCCCAGCCAGAAUAGUGAUGGGCAAUGGAUGACCCUCUCUGAAGGCAGGCUCUUCUUUCUGCAGUGUGUGAGCAGAAGGACCCAGCUUCAGAGGCAGCAAAAGCUGGAACCUUAUAGGAACCAGAAUUAUUGAAUAAAUCUAAUUGUUUCUGCACAUUACACAUGCGUUUCCUCAAGUCAUGCCCGUGUGUCACAUCAACCAGUUUUAGGAAUAACCACUCAACAAGAGCAGGCAGGAUUUCAGGCCUCUAGCUCUUUGGAGGAUGGGGAAAAAUAAUCACAGAGGACCAGUUAAGGAACGGUUUUAGGAGGCUCACUGACUUUCAGCCUCCAUUCCUCAUCUUCUCCAUCCUCCGCUAAUUGACUCCACAGCCUUGGAGGAACUGAGGAGUCCUGCCUGUACUGCGAGGAGGUGGUGGUGGUGGUGGUUGUCGCCCUGCUGUAGUUGCUCCCAGUUGCAUCCUGCAGGGCUUGGGCUCCCUUCUCCUUCCUUCCUUCCUUCCCUCCCUCCCCCCAUACUCCAUAUCAGAUCUUCCCACCCUUUGCCCUCCCCCCAGCAUGCACUUUAUCCCUACCCUGCACUGCACUUCCUGUGUUGGGUUUGUUGCUGUACAGAGAUUCCUGUGUAUAUAUUAUAUAUUAUAAAUAGCAACCUCUUAAGAGAGGAGGGGGUGUGUGGGCUCCAGCCCAUGUAUUUUCUGCAGCAUGGGCCACCCCCUGCCCUUUCUCCCAGAGUUCAUGGCUGGAAGACUCCAAACUGACUGCAUUUUAUUUUUAUUUUGUUUCUUGCUGUCUCCCACCCCCUCACCUCUGGUCCACUUUGUACAUAAGAAACUGUAUAUUUGAUGCUUCAUAAAUUGACCAAAUGUCCUUGCUGUGUGAAAGGAUGUCUUGUGUGUUAUUUUAAGAUUACUGGGCAUUUUGGGGGGAGGGAUGGGAAACAGAGCAGUGGUCCUGCAGCAGAGUUCCUCCUUGUUCCAUAAACCAGCCUAGUGCUCUCUGGAGCUAGUAGUAUUUUCCCACCUGGCGUAUACUGUUUCAGAGUGUAGAGGAGAUGUGCAUAGUUCACAAGAGCCUGCCAGGGCAGCAGGAGCACCACAGAAACAGCAGGCUUUCUCCAAAGCUGUACAUUUACCAUAAAUUCAGUAUGACAGGUAGCCACAGAGUACUGACUACUGCUAGAGGGCGAGUCACCUUUUGUUUAACCUUUCUAAUCCUUGUGACUGGAAAUAAGCUAUGUGAGUGUUGAGACAUUCAGUCUUUUGACUUAAUUUAGAACUCAUUUUUCAUCAAGCUCUUUCUUCUCAGCCUCUUUGUACACCAUACAUACAAAUAAAAACCAUCAGCACAUUUGUAACAGUACACAAGUUUAUUCCAGGAAACUAGCAGGCGAAGCCUGGGUCCUAUGUGGCUCAGAGGUGCAUGCAAACUUGGGGUUGUGUAGAAGUUGUGCCUCCCCUUUCCUGCCAACUAGGACUGGGAUAGUGCCCCCAAAUAUGUGGCACUAUUGCACAUAACUCCUGGAAAAAGAUAAGGCUAGAUCUCCCUCUAAAGCAACAGUUGAUGUCCCACCUCUAUAGUUUUGACUGUCUUCAAAGUUACCUGUGCCCAUUUCUCUACCUAGCCAGCACCAACCACUUUCAGGGUGGUAAUAAAGAUUAAAGACAUUCAGCAGCUGAUCCACAUACACACCACUGUCUGCUUAGUGCUCAGGCAGACACACAUAAACAAAUUGCUUCACUUCAUAUUUUUAGCAAAUGCACCAACAUUUGGGGAUGAAGGAAAGCUCUCCUGCACUUAGGACAAAAGCUGCCAAGAAUGAAGACUGGCCCAAACCAGCAAUGACUCAAGGAUAUAGCUGUGGAGAGAAGGAAUUCAAAAUGUGGAUAAAAACAGCAAUUUAAUACCGACUGGACUAGCAAGGCUGGAAAUGCAUGAAUGACCAACGAGGCAGUGGAUGAGGACUGGCCUUCAGUUCAGCACAGAGAUGCUGGCUCCACAGUGUUACCAGCCAAAUGCUCAACUAGACAGGCUCUCGCUCUGGGCCAGAACCAAAAAGGGCUCAAGACCUCUCUGCUCCAGAAGGCUCAGAAAUGAAUGCUGGCAUGGCUCUGGGUGAAUGGGACUCGUGGGUUGGAGCCAUCAGAAGCAGUGGGUUCCCCUCACCAGAGCUGAGUCUCACGGAUUUCUGAGAUAGUUUGGCUGGCUUUUUGCAAUGCCUGUAAGAGAAGAAAAUACCUUGCUGAGUGAUUAAUAGAUGUUCUAAUGCCAUCUUUCAACCCAAACGGGCUGGGCUUUCAAGGUAGUGGUGCCAGAGCAUGGGCACUAGUCUGACUCUGAAGGCAAGGGCUUCAUUUGAGAAGAGCCAGUUCUCCUGGAUAUAGGCUGUUUUAAAAGUUUUCAAAAGCCAGAGAAGCAGCGCAGUUCUUUCAGUAUUUUGAGAAACCUAAAAGUAAGAAACUGUGCUGCUGAGCCAAAGAGAACUUUCCCCAUCUCCUGUGAGUAGCUCCUAAAUUCUAUCCAAGGAGUCUUGCCCUCGUCCCCUCACCUUGAGCAUAUUGGCAGCCUCAUUGCGUUGCUGAGCCAUGUCCUCAGACUCUGUCAGCAAUGUGUCAAGGAGCUGUGGCUUGUACAACUGGCCCACGAGUUCACUCUGAAGGUGGUCUUUGACGUAGUUCACCAGGAAAUGCAUCACUGUUUUGGGGACACUACAGGGUGGAAAGCAGAGAUAUCUUUUCAUAUAAAGCUUGUGAGAUCUUGCAGACAUCCGAGGCCUACAAUUCCCUUCUUGCCCCAACCUUACCUCCCCUGCUUGGCCCUACAGGGCUAGGUAGAUCCAUCACUGUGGACCAACAGCUGCUACUUACCCAAUUACAUAAU